AUGGAAAUGGAUCUCUCUUGGUGCAUUAUGUGUGAUAAGCGCAUCGUGGAGGACGAAACAUUUAAUUCUCACCAAUCGCUAUACUGUUCCCUUGAAUGUCAAAUGAAAGAUCAAGGAACGUCGUUACAGUCAGAAUCUACCUGCAACAGCAUGCAUAGUAUCUCUCCUGAUGCUCCUCAGCAGUUCAACAAUGAUGUAUUAUCAAACGCUUAUUCCAUCGAACAGUCAACCAAUAAUUCUAAUACCAACUCCAAUAUACAUGAAGCAAAUUCUUUACUCUCGGCCGUCAUGGAAAAGGCUAAACCUUGGAUGACGAAAAGAGCUGUCAAACAUCAUCUCUAUAAGGCCAGUAAUCCAUCAUCUACCGCAUACCCUUGGGUUCCUCUUAUUUACAGAAAACGUCGUAAUUAUCUUACUAUUCCCAAACGUUGUGCUCAACCAACAGUGGCAAGCUCCUUUACCACCGUCAAUGGCAUUCUCAGCUCUUAA